CUCGUCUUGUUUCGCCCUGCCUCGCCUCACCUCGCCUCGGUCAUAAUCGAUUGUGUACGCGGGCAUCCUUUUCUUGUGGUCACCGCCAGAGACAGCGAGGAUCAGUAGCGAUUAUCGGUAUCUCGCUCUUCUCUCAGCCUGCUUCCGAGUGCUGCACUUGCAGGGCACCUCUGCAAGUAAAGUGCCUUGGCUCCCACCCCUCUCUAUAGACACCUACCUAACCUACCUAGGUCGUAGAUGGUAGGUACUAUGUAGGGAGAACAAUCCCACCCACUGCGACGCGCUACAGUUGUCUCUCCGUCAGCCAGCAGAGCCAGCGUCGGCACAUCAGCAGCGCGUCCUCAGCGUAUACACCACCCAACCUUAGAACACAGGCCAAGCCGGCCAGGACAGACAGCCCAGAGGGUACGUACCAAUCUUUCAGUCUUCGACGGAGGAGUAUUCCUUGUACCAUUCCAUAGAAGAUGAGCAGCAAAGGUACAUCCGAACACUUGCGCACCCACUCGCUCGCCCUUCCCGACCGGGUUCGAGCUUGUUGUUCCCUGUCGAUAUUGCCUUAGCACAGGAAUUACAGUACAUCCACGUCUCCAUCCACCUGCGCCAGGCCCAGCACCAAGCAGAAAGCACUUACUUGCUUCGUCCUUGCAACGCAUUGGCACUUGCACACCCCUUCCCCAUCUCCCAUUUCCCAGCUCGCGCUCACUCUCUCUCUCACUUCACUCAGUCACUAACCAGACCAUUCCCCUCCCCCCCUCCCCCCGCACCCCUGCCCGUCCCAUCUCAUCUCAUCCCCUCUCUCUCUCACACGCAUUUCCACACUCCCUCAUACUUUUGGCUGCUGGUCCUGGGUGCUCCGCCAGUCCCUCUGCGCGUCCCAGUUGCUCCUCUCCUACGGCCCAGGAAGCAAAGAAAGGGCCAAAGCUGCACACCUCUCUCUACGUGGGUACGCAUACCGUACGGGGAAGCAGUGUAUGUAGUGCAUGUAUGUAAUAUAUGUAGUGAAGGUACUGUAGGUAGUAGGUAGUGUACUUGCGAGAGGUACCGCAAGCUGCAGGAGAACGGGACCGCCCACACGCUCUCUCUUACUCCUCUCACCCUCACCCAAAGUACCUUGGCCCACCCGUACCGCCUGUCCGACAGUGUGCCGUCCACAGAAAGUGACCUUUUGGCCGUUGCUGACGGGAACCUUGACUUACUCGGUCGGCCUGGUUAAAACACUUUCGUUCUCUUCCAAUCCUUUUUCAUCUCCUCCGCCGACCUCCAACCCUUUACUUACCCUCUCCUCCCCUCCCCCUUCUCCUCUGCCCUCACUCUCCUCCUCCUCCUCGUCCCUCCCCAUCCAUUCAUUCCCUCUCUUCCUCUCUCUCCCGUCGAAGCCAGUCCUUCCUGACUCCUUUACUCGCCGAAAACGAAUAAAGGGUCUUUCCGUUCUCUAAUUCCUCCCCCCCAGGAAGAACAGGAAAAAAGAGGAAGGCUCGAGAGACUUAAUCUGGCGACAGUCCUCCCUCCUCCCCCGAGACGACUGAACAUCGACUCCAAAUCCCACCACCAACAUCCCACACCCACCAACACCAAGCCAGAGGACGACCAGCUUCGACCUUUGCAUCCACACGCAAACAUUCACACCACCCCAAUCUUUCUCCGACUCCCCCCCGCUGUCGGUAAAGAAAAAGGGUUCCACCAUCACUCGAGGUCCCGAGUUCUGCAACGGAAGCAACAAGUGAGAAAGAGACUGCAUUGAAAGAGAGAAAAAGAUCCCAGUGAAGAAGACCUUGAUUGGUAUUUUCCUCACUCUUUUAUCUCCUCCAAACCACCCAAAGAAACAAGUCCACGUCCCUCCCCGUUCCUUGCAUCUCCCUUCCGACCGUCCGUCCCUCCCGCGACGACGACAACGACCAAUCAAUCUCCCUGACGAAUUCCUCGCCGCGACGACGAGGAACUCGAUUCAGACGUGCAACUCCCACGAACCCACCCAAUCCACCGCCCUCCCGACGACUCGCUCCCUUUCGUUCCGCCGGCCGCUCGCUCCGCCCUCAUUCCAACCCGAGAAAGUCCCUUUGGCCGUCUUGGGUUUUUUUGUUGUCGGUACCAAUCUCUGCAGAAGCCGCCAGACUCGACGAGGCAAGAAAAGCAGAAGAAAGAGGAAGAACUGUCACCCCCGGCUCAUCAUCGAUUCUUUUUCGAGGAUUGUCAACCAUUGAGGAUACUUGAUACAUGAUCCCACCCGGAUUCCAAGUCAUCACCCCCGUGUGUCCCCCCUCUAGGACAUCGUCUGUGAAGAUCCCUUCUUCCGGUCGACCUCUCCUUUAAACGGCCAGUUUCCCCGGCCACCAUUUCCCGUCCGUCAUCCCGUACGAGAAACUCGGUCUCGCAUCAUUUCGGCUUCACAUCAUCCAGCCACAGUCACUCUUUUCCCCCCCGAACGAACCCUUGUUCGCCUUUUUUCUCAACACCACACGCUCCUUCUAAUACUAAUCUUCUAAUCCUUGCGACCGCGCUCACUAUUCCGCUCUUUCCCUGCACAGCCGGUCCCGAUUUUUCUUUUUUUUUCUCUCUCUAUCCCACUUCGUCUUUCCGUCUCCGACCACCAAAAAAAGCUUCCUGGAGAACUUAAUCGUCACUCUUUCCCGAAACGGAACUUCGACCCGUCGCCCAACCAACCCUUCGCACCCGCCAACGAACGACUCACCGCGCACAAGUCACAUCUCACGAGGACGCUUCACCAUGGCGUACUACCAGCAACACAACUCGGAUCCCUCGUACUUCACAGAAGGUCACGAAGAGCCCCAGCGGCCGCGCAUGGGCACUCGGGACGCUGCUAAGAUGAUUGCGAGACAAAGACAAGAAAUCAUCGCUAGUGAGCUUUCCCGCAUCGCCGGCGACGAAUACUUGGAGGACAUGAUGAAGCACAUGAGGCACAUGGAGGAUGAGACGAUGCCUGACGCCAAUCUCAUUGACAUGCAACGCGAGAUUCAAUGGUACAUGAGACCCUACCUCAUCGACUUCCUCAUCGAAGCCCACGCCGCCUUCGCGCUGCUCCCCGAGACCUUGUUCCUGACCGUCAACCUCCUCGACCGCUACUGCUCGAAACGCGUCGUCUACAAGCAACACUACCAGCUCGUCGGUUGCGCCGCCUUGUUGAUCGCUGCCAAGUAUGGAGACAAGAAGGACCGCGUGCCUCAAAUCCACGAGCUCAACAACAUGUGCUGCGGCUUGUACGACGCCGGAAUGUUCACCCAGAUGGAGAUGCACGUGCUUAACACGCUCGAGUGGACCAUCGGCCACCCCACCGUCGACUUCUUUACCCAGCUCAUCGUUGCCGAGGAGCACGACAAGGUCGACGUCGAGCACAUGGCCGCCUACAUAUGCGAGAUCGCCCUAUACCACCGCGACUUCGUCUCCACCAAGCCCUCCAUCAUGGCCCGCUCAUCGCUGGCCCUGGCGAGAGCCAUCCUGGGCGAGCCCGAGAUUAACGAUGGAGAGUGGGACCACGUCGAGAACGUCACCCUCCUGACCCUGUCCCAGCACCUGCACAGCCCAUCGGUCGCCCUCGCAAGGAAGUACGCCUCGCAGCACCUCUCGGGCGUCGCCAAAAAGCUCGCCUCCUUCAUGGCCCACCAGGCCAGCAUCGCCCGCGCCCAGUCGGGGGGGCCUCCGAGUCCGCCUUGUGAGUCCGCCUCAAAACAUGCCGACAUCUACAGCACCCCCCACAAGGGCCACGGAGCCGUCCAAGGAAUAGUCGAAGGCUACAUGACGCCUCCCAUCACCCCCGACGGCGCCGCCUACGGCGCCGUCGCCAAGGACGCCUAUCCGAUGCCCCCGAGAUGUCCCGUUACCCCGACCCCCCAAUCGAACACGACCGCGUACGUGCAGCAACAGGUGCAGCAACAAUAUGCCCCAUUUGUCCACCAACACACGGCAGGCCACAACAUGGCCUAAUGUCGGCCACCCAAGUCGAACCCUGGGCCGACACGACAUAGUCGGCCCGCCCGCGAAGUCCCACUAGCGAAUCAACGCUACGAAUGGGCAAUCGAAGCUUUCACUCUCAUUAUACCCGUGGCAGGGCAAUUGAGCGACCCUCA